UAUGAGGUGUAAAAUUGCAUUUACGAAGAAUAAAAAGGGCUUUUUUAGUACCCCAGAGGAGUUACCGUUGCCACAGCAAUUGCUGUUUUGUCUACUUGCUCCGAAACAGCUCCUCUUCAAUUGUUCUAGCAAAACCCUGGGCGGGACUUUGAACGGAUCAGAAGAGCCAAUUUUUCCGCCCCCGAAGAGCUUUUUCUCGGGUAAGUUCUUGCUUUCUGUCGCGAGUGUCUUCAACCUCUUAUAAGCCAGACUCUUAUAGAGCGUGAGGGAAAUGUCUUUUUAAUGAUCGUUAUCUGUUCGAUCAAAUUCCUGGCAAGCAGUUGGGUCCUUUUAGUUGAAUGGGUGUGUCUCAGGUUGGACAUACGAACCUUUUGUCAUCUCUCUUUGUUCGGAUAUCCUACUCUGUUUGUGGGUUUCGUGUAUUUUCUGAGUUUUGUACGGUUACAGAGAUAAGGGGAUAUUCUACUGUCUACUAGACAUUGAGAAUGAAUUAUAUUUCCCGGUUCGGUACCAAGACAAUUCAUAAAGUUUCCCGUGCUUUCUUUAUUUCACGAAAUUUGUGUGACUAUAGCUUUGAUGGGGAUAAGAGUGAUGGUGGGUUUGGGUUCGUUGAGGAACCUUUGAAGAAGACGUGGAGAAAUCGAGAUUACAUUGAAUUGGGUGAAAAUCCCGAUACAUGGGAGUAUGAAGACCCUGCCGAACAGAGUUUCUCAUUGAGGCGGAGUUUCAUGGAUCACGAGAGGAGUGAAGCUACGAGGGUUCUUGACAUAUUAAAACGAGAUGGACUUGGAUUUGAUGCAAAAUCAGAAUUAAAUAAGUUGCAGAUAACGGUCUCGGGGCUUCUUGUGAGGCAUGUUCUUGUAGGAAUUUUGAGAAGCAUAAAUCAUGAGAAUAAGACUAGAUGUGUGAAGUUGGGGUAUAAGUUUUUUGUGUGGUCUGGUCAGCAGGAAAAUUACCGACACACGGCAAAUGCAUACCAUUUGAUAUUAAAGAUAUUUUCUAAGUGUGAAGAGUUUAAGGCAAUGUGGAGGCUAGUAGAUGAGAUGAUUGAGAGUGGUUUCCCAACAACGGCACGGACAUUUAACAUAUUGAUAUGUGCUUGUGGUGAGGCAGGCUUGGCCAGGAACGUAGUGGAGACGUUCGUUAAGUCAAAGACGUUCAACUACAGACCAUUUAAACACUCUUAUAAUGCAAUUCUUCAUUCACUUCUUAUGAUCAACCAAUACCGGUUGAUUGAGUGGGUUUAUCAGCAUAUGUUAGUUGAUGGUCAUUCCCCAGAUAUUCUGACUUAUAACGUUGUUAUGUUUGCGAACUAUCGAUUAGGAAAAUUGGAUCAGUUUUAUAAGUUGCUUGAUGAAAUGGAUAGGAAUGGAUUUCCCCCUGAUUUUCAUACGUAUAAUAUGCUUCUCCAUGUUCUUGGUAAAGGUGACAAACCACUUGCUGCACUAAAUCUUUUGAACUAUAUGAAGGAGGUGGGUCUUUGUCCUAAUGUUCUUCAUUUCACCACAUUGAUAGAUGGACUUAGUCGAGCUGGGAAUUUGGAUGCGAGCAAGCACUUUUUUGAUGAAAUGAUAAGGAACGGGUGCAUGCCGGAUGUGGUUUGUUAUACUGUGAUGAUCACAGGGUACAUAGUGGCAGGUGAGCUUGAGAAUGCCCAAGUAAUGUUUGAUGAGAUGAUUAGCAAGGGGCAGUUACCCAAUGUGUUCACGUAUAAUUCUAUGAUUCGAGGAUUUUGUAUGGCUGGGAAAUUUGAGGAGGCAUGCUCCAUGCUUAAGGAGAUGGAAUCGAGAGGAUGUAAUCCUAACUUUCUUGUGUACAAUACGUUAGUGAGUAAUUUGCAAAAUGCUGGAAAACUUUCUGAAGCACAUGAGAUCAUAAGAGACAUGGGAGAGAAGGGACAAUAUGUCCACCUUCUUUCAAAGAUGAAGGGAUACAGGAGAUGCUAGCUUCUUGUAUUGUUUGCUAUGAUACUCGAUUGUACUUUGAUCCAAAAUACUUGUUCAUUCAGUGCAGUUCAUGCCGCCUGUCUUUUUCCUGUAGGAGAUGCAUGGAAAAAGUAAGAAUGCUGAGCUCCCCUGGGUUUAGAAGAAUCCUGAUGCAACUUGGGUGGCAAACUCCAACAAUUUGGGUAAAACUUCAUCAAGUCGAGUUUAAAAGUGUGAUAACAACUUGCUCAAUUAUCUCAUUUACUUUUUCCUUUUUUGAAUGGUGAAAUUCUUUGUUCUAUGACGUGUGGGUCCCUUCAAUUUUUUUUGGAUCACUGAUCCUAACAUAAUUUAAGGCUAAAAUAUUUAUCAAUCAUCAGCAUAUAUUGGAUUACUUGUGAAAUCCAUUAACUUGACCAAGCUGGACUUUGAGAUGUCUAAAUAAUUUCACUAGUUUCUGUUGUCCCUUGUGACCAUAGGCACGUGGUGUUCCCAAUUAGCGAUGAGUAAAACUAUUACAACUUAACCGUGGAAGUUUAAUGUAAAACCUGCUAUGCUCUUGAUUUCCUAUGACUUCCUGUUAUUGGAGAUGAAACUCGCUUGCAUGGCUUGAAGUUUUCAUUAGAAGCUGUAAGGUUUUCACAUGGGCAUGAUGUUUAAUUUUACAGAUGCAUUCUUGAGCCAUAUUCCUCGUGAUUUGAGAUAUGAAGUGGUUUAGAAAUAGAUAUGUCGACUCUUUUGAGCAGCAACUUUCCUUGUUCAGAUGUCAAAUAGCUUUGACAUUUACGUAUGCAGGACUUUAUCUUUGUAGAUUAUUUACCGUGUCACUGGUUGCGGUGCUUUCUGAUCGUCCGAUUCUGUACUUUGAUCAAGUAUUUGAAAACAGUAGAAAACUCGUUUAUAGUUGAGAUAUUUUUGCCGCGAUAACGUUGCUGCUAAUUUCCAUUUAUGCCUUGCUAUGGUGCCGGCCAUAGACAUUAUGAAUCAAUCAUCCAUGUUUGAAACAAAAAUGAAUUGAUCUACUAACUUAUUUAGCUUAUAAAUGACAUCAAGAAUUAUUGUUAUUAUUGUUGUUGUUGUAUUUGAUUUAUUAUAUUGAGUCGGAAUGGAAUAUUAAAAGGAGUAGGCUUUGCUAAUAUUAUCCAGGCUCCUUGCUGGCAAUGCGCUUGAAGAGUUGAAAGCCGCGCGGCAUGCUUGGUCAAUGCCGUCAUCUUCCACCUAAACAAGUCCACUGCGUUAUAUUUUAUUUGUCCAAACUCUAAAGCAUGGCUUUUGUCGCUGUGAUGACAUGAAUGGCCUGACAAGACAAAAGAGAUACUAGUCCAUACUCCCCUUUUAAGUUUUUAACAUUAUCAAUUCAAAAUUUCCUACUAAUUUUAGUGAACUG